GCAUCGUGCGCAAGGACCCGCGGGCCUUCAGCUGGCAGCUGCUACAGUGGCUCCUCAUCGCACUCCCCGCCACCUUCGUCAACAGCGCCAUCCGCUACCUGGAGGGCCAGCUGGCCCUGGCCUUCCGCAGCCGUCUGGUGGCCCAUGCCUACAGCCUCUACUUCUCCGGGCAGACCUACUACCGAGUCAGCAACAUGGACGGGCGGCUCCGCAACCCUGACCAGUCUCUGACGGAGGACGUGGUGGCCUUCGCUGCCUCUGUGGCCCACCUCAAGUCCAACCUGACGAAGCCGCUCUUGGACGUGGCCGUGACCUCCUACGCCCUGCUGCGCGCCGCGCGCUCCCGCGGGGCCGGCACAGCCUGGCCCUCGGCCAUUGCUGGCCUCGUGGUGUUCCUCACGGCCAACGUGCUGCGGGCCUUCUCGCCCAAGUUUGGGGAGCUGGUGGCAGAGGAGGCCCGGCGGAAGGGGGAGCUGCGCUACAUGCAUUCUCGGGUCGUGGCCAACUCGGAGGAGAUCGCCUUCUACGGGGGCCACGAGGUGGAGCUAGCCCUGCUGCAGCACUCCUACCAGAGCCUGGCUUCCCAGAUCAACCUCAUCCUGCUGGAGCGCCUGUGGUAUGUCAUGCUGGAGCAGUUCCUCAUGAAGUAUGUGUGGAGCGCCUCAGGCCUGCUCACCCCCACCCCCCCCGCCACUGGCUACGCGGAGUCAGACUCAGAGGCUGUGAAGAAGGCAGCCUUGGAGAAGAAGGAGGGGGAGCUAGUGAGCGAGCGCACGGAGGCCUUUACCAUCGCCCGCAACCUCCUCACUGCAGCUGCCGACGCCAUCGAGCGCAUCAUGUCCUCCUACAAGGAGGUGACGGAGCUGGCAGGUUACACUGCCCGAGUCCAUGAGAUGUUUGAGGUAUUCGCAGACGUCCAGCACUGCCGUUUCAGGAGGCCUGGCGAACCGGAGGAUGCUCAGGCAGAGUCUGGGGCCACAGUGCGGUCUGGGGUCCGCGUGGAAGGGCCCUUGAAGAUCCAAGGCCAGGUGGUGGAUGUGGAGCAGGGCAUCAUCUGUGAGAACAUCCCCAUCAUCACGCCUACAGGAGAGGUGGUGGUGACCAGCCUCAACAUCAGGGUGGAAGAAGGCAUGCACCUGCUGAUCACGGGCCCCAACGGCUGUGGCAAGAGCUCCCUGUUCCGGAUCCUGGGCGGGCUCUGGCCCACGUAUGGCGGUGUGCUCUACAAGCCCCCGCCUCAGCGCAUGUUCUACAUCCCUCAGAGGCCCUACAUGUCUGUGGGCUCCCUGCGUGACCAGGUGAUCUACCCGGACUCCGUGGAGGACAUGCGGAGGAAGGGCUACUCGGAGCAGCACCUGGAGGCCAUCCUGGACGUCGUGCAUCUCCAGCACAUCCUGCAGAGGGAGGGAGGUUGGGAAGCCGUGUGCGACUGGAAGGAUGUCCUGUCAGGAGGCGAGAAGCAGAGAAUCGGCAUGGCCCGCAUGUUCUACCACCGGCCCAAGUAUGCCCUGCUGGACGAGUGCACCAGUGCCGUGAGCAUCGACGUGGAGGGCAAGAUCUUCCAGGCAGCCAAGGAUGCGGGCAUUGCACUGCUUUCUAUCACCCACCGACCCUCCCUAUGGAAGUACCACACACACGUGCUGCAGUUCGACGGGGAGGGAGGCUGGAAGUUCGAGAAGCUGGACUCAGCCACCCGCCUGAGUCUGACGGAGGAAAAGCAGCGGCUGG